AUGGGCGCUAAGGCUAGCACGGCGAACGGAGGACAGAGUCCGAGGGCUAGGACAUUCUCGACCAGCUCGAGCUCUGACGUAGUGUCCGGAGGUGCAGGCUUUAGCUUACUUCGGGCCAUACCGGGUAUACAAGUAUCGAACGACAGACAACGCGCGAGAUCUCUUUCAUCAGUGCCGGAUCUGCACGCUUCACACGAAGCUAUUGCUAUUCCUCCUAAUUCUCAGAGUUACGAAGCUUCUGCAGCAGCUAGUCCAGACACUGAUUCGAGCUCUAAUGAGGAGGCGGGUCCAGUAGCUGGUACUUCCUUGGCCUUAGGCAGAGUAUACGCAGCACACUCCUUGCCUUCACAUAUCUGGUCCAUAAACGUUUGUGCGUCAAUCCGUCUAGCUCAUAAUAAAUCUGUUUUCCGGGUUACACUGCGCCUACACAGUGUUCCGCGAAAGCUCAGUCGUUCGCGAGACACUGUUGAGAUAGGACGUGUAAAUCGCACAGUAGCCAUGUAUCGUCGUCGUUACCGCACCACCCUCGGCCUCGGCUUGGGAUCCUCCUUCUCUUCAACGUUCUCCACCACCCUCUCGUUCUCCUCCCGUACAUCCACAAUAGACACGGUCAGGUCGGAUGCGCGUGCGACUGCAGCUAAGCUCAAAACGAAGUAUGAAAACGCCGGCACUGCACAAGGUCUGUUUGUGUGGUGUGUCAACGACCUAAUACUAGAUCACUCA